ACAAACGCCGUGAGGGGCCGAGCCUGCCCUGUCACCCUGCUGUCGCCCUGCUGUCACUCGUCUCUGCGGGACUCCCGCUGUCCUGCUGCAGGCCGAGCCAGGCUGGCAGCGGGGCUCGGGACAGAAACAGGAAGGACCUGACCUCCCCAGAGCCCAUCGAUGUCGCCGCGCCUGCUCAGGGCGGUGGGCUGGGGCUGGGCGGCCGUGCUGGGACUGCUGACCGUGGUCGUCUUCGUCCUGGUUCUGAUCCUGGCAAAGGAUGCUGUCCUUCCUACCAGAAUCAAAUACGGCCUGGUGUUUGACGCUGGCUCCACACACACAUCCCUCUACACCUACCAGUGGCGUGCGAACAAGGAGAACGGCACGGGCAUCGUGUCCCAGGUGGAGGCCUGCUCUGUGUCCGGACCCGGCAUCUCCAGCUACGCAGAUGACCCCGCGGGGGCUGGUGCCAGCCUGAAGCCUUGCCUGGACAGGGCCAUGAAGAUCGUCCCGGCCGAGCAGCAGCGGGAGACCCCCACGUACCUGGGGGCCACGGCCGGCAUGCGGCUGCUGAGGGAGGAGAACAGCAGCAAGGCCGAGCAGGUCUUGGCCGAGGUGUCCAAGGCCAUUGGGGAGUACCCGGUGGAUUUCCGCGGAGCUCGGAUCCUGACGGGGAGCGAGGAGGGCUCCUUUGGCUGGAUCACUGUGAACUACCUGCUGGAGGCACUGGUCAAGUUCUCGUUUGCAGAGAAAUGGGAACAUCCCCAGGACACCGAGGUUCUGGGAGCUCUGGACCUUGGCGGUGCCUCGACACAGAUCACCUUCCAGCCUGGGGUCCCCGUGGAGGACAGGAACACGUCCGUGUUCUUCCGGCUCUACGGCACCAACUACUCCCUGUACAGCCACAGCUACCUGUGCUACGGGCAGAGCCAGGCCCUGAAGAUGCUGCUGGCAGCUCUGCACCAGGCCAGCUCGAGUACCCAGAUCAAGCACCCCUGCUACCCCCAGGGGUACCAGGAGAACAUCACCGUGGCAGAGCUCUACGACAGCCCCUGUGUGCAUGCACCAAGCUCAGCCAGCCCUGGCCCUGUCCUCAUGGUGACAGGGACAGGGGACCCAGCUGCCUGUGCCACGGCCGUCCGGAGACUCUUCAACUUCACCUGCGGGGCGCAGGGGCCAUGCGGGUUCAAUGGGGUCUAUCAGCCCCCCGUGCGGGGACAGUUCUUCGCCUUCUCGGGCUUUUAUCACAGCCUUCACUUUCUGAACCUGACAGGAGGGCAGUCCCUGAGCUUGGUCAAUGCCACCAUCAUGCAGAUAUGCAACAGCAGCUGGAAACAGGUGCAGGAGUUGUUCCCCACGGCGAGCAGGACCCAGCUCCGUGACGCCUGCACAGCCAGCUCCUACAUCCUCACCCUCCUCCUGCAAGGCUACAAAUUCAACAUCACAACUUGGCCCAGCAUCCACUUCAUCCAGCAGGUUGCUAACGUAGAUGUGGGCUGGACUCUGGGCUACAUGCUCAAUCUCACCAACAUGAUCCCCUCAGAGCCUCCCAUGGCAGUCACAGAGCUCCCGAGAAGCAUCUGGAUAGCAGCCACACUUCUGCUGGCCAUCAUGCUCAUCCUCAUCUUCUGCCUGCUCACAGCCAUGUGCUGCCACAGAAACUCCUUGGGCUAUGAGCAGCUGUAGCAGCACUGCCUCCAGAGGCUGCCGAGGCCACAAGUCCUGCUGCCACACCUCUACAAGGAGCUGCUUCCCGAGAAUCACCCCCAUGUGCCCAGGGACACGGACUUGUCCUGGGGGGCCCCGAGUCCUGGCCUGCUGAGCUGGACCUGGCACAGCUGUAAAACACCCUACUCACA